AUGAGACAUUGGGAGAAUCAUACUUGCCUCACGUUUAUUCCCAGAACACGUGCGCAUAAAAACUAUAUUGUUUUCACCGUCGACAAAUGUGGUUGUUGCUCUUAUGUUGGCCGACGAGGUGACGGGCCUCAAUCCAUCUCGAUCGGGAAGAAUUGCGAUAAAUUUGGAAUUGUAGUUCACGAGCUGGGUCACGUGAUCGGUUUCUGGCAUGAGCACACUCGACCGGAUCGGGAUCUUUAUGUGGAUAUCUUCUAUAAAAGUAUACAAACGGGUCAAGAUUACAACUUUGAGAAAUCAAAAGUUGGGGAGGUCGACUCGCUGGGAGAACCAUACGAUUUUGCGUCAAUUAUGCACUAUGCUAGGGACACUUUCUCGAGAGGUCUCUUCCAUGAUACCAUUCUCCCGAAGCCGAGUAGUGGUUUCCGGCAAGAGAUCGGACAACGAGUCGAGCUUUCUGAGGGGGAUAUUCGACAAGCAAAUCAGUUAUACGGAUGUUCAACUUGUGGUCGAACUUAUCUCAGUGAAUCAGCUGAACUCACGCCGACUUCUGACGGUCUAUGUGCUUGGCGUAUCAUCGCUCCCGAGGGAAAUUCAAUAUUUUUGAAUAUAUCGGGACAAGAUUUGCAACUUCCAAUCUUGCCUUGUGUGGACGAAAAAGAGAAUUCGAUCAUUGUGCGAGAUGGAAAUGAUAAAAACGCAAAAAUUCUAGAGAAAAUCUGCGGCGACGAGCCGGGAUUUCGGACGAUCGUCUCCGCCUCCAAUCGUUUAUACGUGGAAAUGAGGACGACUUUACUCCCGAAUUUCCCGUUUGGCGUUUUCCACGCGGUUUGCGGGGGUCCGAUCUAUCAAGAUUAUGGCUUCAUUCAAUCGCCAAGAUAUCCCGAUUCCUAUCCACCGAAUUCCGACUGUUUAUGGAGGAUUCAUGUUGAAAAAGGAUAUCAAAUAGCGUUAAAAGUCUACUUUUUUCAGGUGGAACAGCAUAAAGAUUGCAUCUACGAUCAGCUCAUCAUUUGGGAGGGAUCCAUUGAAGGAAUCGGUAAUCCAUUAGCUAGUUUAUGCGGUCAAAUCGCGGAAAAAAACGUGAUUACUGGGAAUAGCAAUGUGUUGACUUUGAGAUUCACUUCUGAUAACUCUGUGCAAAAGGGUGGUUUUGAAAUCGAAUGGACAAAGGAAUUGGAUGAAUGUCAAGGAUCAAAUCACUGUGAGCACAUUUGUGAGAACACGAUUGGAGGAUUUCGUUGCAAGUGCGAUAUCGGUUUCAGUCUUCGACCAGAUGGAAGGACUUGUGAAAGCACUUGUGGUGGAUUCCUGCGUGCCUCAAGCGGCUCCAUUCAGAGUCCAAAUUUCCCCGAGAAUUAUCCACCUGGGAAAAAUUGUGUUUGGGAGAUUGAAGCUGGUGAAGGAUAUCAGAUUUUCAUCAAUUUCACUCAUUUCAACAUUGAGGGUAUGAAAACUGAGUGCGCUUAUGAUUACGUGAGAAUCGGGGAAAGGAAUCGAUUGUGUGGAGAAUAUCGCGAACCACUUUUCUUGACUUCGGAUUCGAAUCGAGUUCGUCUUGAGUUUGUUUCGGAUUCAAGUGUUGAAAGAAAAGGUUUCUCAAUGGAUUUCUUUGCUGAUUUCGAUGAAUGUCAACAUGGGAAUGCUGGCUGUGAGCACAUUUGUGAGAAUCGAAUUGGUGCUUACAAGUGCAGUUGCAAUGCUGGUUAUAUUUUGGCUGAAGAUGGGCACAACUGUAAGGAGGGCGGCUGUUUCUUUGAGUUCAACGAUCCGUCAGGUGACAUCGUCUCCCCAAAUCAUCCAAACGAGUACCCGAAGAGUGAGAAUUGUACAUGGCAUGUGCUGACAACGCCCGGGCAUCGGAUAUCAUUAAGUUUCGUUGCCUUUGAGCUUGAAGAGCAUUCACUUUGCACUUAUGAUAAAUUCGAGAUUUUUGAUGGAGCUUCCCCAUCAGCUCCUCUAUUGGGUCUCUUUUGUGGGUCGUCUCUUCCAUCAACAACGAUCUCGUCAUCAAAUCAGAUUUUCGUCUUUUUCAUGGCUGAUGGAUCGGUGAGCAGACGGGGAUUUCACGCCACAUAUCAAUCGGAAUGUGGCGGUGAAUUGGAAGCUGAGCGAACAGCCGGUUAUAUCUAUUCCCAUGCAUCAUACAGUGACAGUAAUUAUCGACCAACAGCUGAUUGUCAAUGGAAAAUGAAGGCAACAUCCGGGGAAGGAGUUCGAUUGAAAUUUCACGCUUUCCACCUCGAAACAGACAGCUCUUGUCAAUACGAUUAUGUCGAGAUUUAUGAUGGAGGAGAGGCAAAAGAUGAGAAACUUUUUGGACGCUUUUGCUCGGAUACGAUUCCCGACGAGUUGAUCAGCACCGAAAGUGAGAUGCUUUUAGUUUUGCAUACGGAUGACAGUGUUGAAGAGAAGGGUUUCGUUGCCGAGUAUGCAGAGUGGACAAAGGGUGGAAAAAGGCCGAUUGGACGUGUGAAAGAGACAAUAAAACGCACUGAUAUUCUUAAUAAAGAA